UAAGGAAAGGGAGCCACAGCGAGACCCGGAAAUAAUUCAUGUAUUAGGAACGAAUGCCACUGUAUAAAACCUAACACUAUCGGUAAUGGAAAUACAUGGUGCACCGUUCCAUGUUAGGAAGACGAACCAAAGGGAAGCUAAUUUACAAAAUGUUUCGUAAGAGAAAAGGAUAGCACUUCAAGAAAACCAAGAGAGGAAAUAUUUUAUCGUGAAAGUGAAAACUGACACUGGAAGAUUGAAAAAUGGCAGUGUUUUUCCCCACCUUUUGUCACGCCCCUUUCUACCAUGCUCUCAUCACGUAUCGCCGUUGUAUCUCGAUCUUUGUAUUCCGAUUGGGACACGUUAAAUUUAGUCAAGGCCAUGCCACCUGACCAUGAAUCAACCAACGGGAAUCCCUGUUUAGUUUACUGAAAGUCUAAGAAUAUAUGGGCAUUUAUCUAAAUUAUACAAUUCUCAAUAUGGGCACAAGAAGAAUAAACGUUUCUGUUCACUUGACAGAUCAUCCUGGAGGUCAGUGGAGUCCUGUAUGUGACAAAUGUGGGCAUUACACCAAGAAAAAGUGCGACUGCGGACACUAUAAGAACUCUUACUGUAUUACUCAAGGGAUAGUAUCUAAAAUACCAGGAGUUUUGGAAUACACCUGCAAGUGCAAAGAAGGAUUUUUCGGAAGACCAAAUGGCGCUCACUAUAAACAUUGUCUAAGCCCAAAAGGUAAAUUAAGCUGAAGGGACCCGGUGAUUUAACGUCGUUCCCAGGUCUUUACCAACACCGGAUAGGGAGAUUCUCUUGUAACGAGUUUACCUUUGAAGCUGAAAAAACCGAAGGCGACCUAGCGCUUCCUCUAGUUAAACAUGGCAUAAAUUUGGAGAUCAUAUCUUGUUAGUUUGUGCCAAUUAGUGAUAUAUUGCUAAUUUAGGGCCUGUUUACAUGGAGGCGGGGGACCCCAGGUAGGUGAGGUAACGCGCAUAGGUGGGGUAGCCCGCCAUUCCAUAUAAUCUCUCAUUUUAAUUUGAUCACAUUUACAUACUAGGUGGGGUGACCCGCCACACACACACCUACCUGGGGCCCCUCACCUCCAUGUAAACAGAUCCUUAGAAGGAGAGUUAUUAAUAAGUCAUCGAUAAAAAUAACAAGUUUGUCAAUUAACACUUACAAAUUGGGUUAAGCGCUAAACUAUUUGAAUAAAACCUUUCAGCCAAUUUGAGUUGCAUCUAGAUAAAAUUACGCAGCCGUGUUGAAAUGAAUAAAAAAAAUUCGCUAACGUCAACGGAUGCGAAGAAGUCCAACAUUUUUAAAGAUAUAUGAAACAAAAUGGAGCGAACACGUCACUUAUUUAGGUUUCACCGCAAUAUUUUAUAUAUAGAAGCAAGAUUGAACGUAAUUGUCUGAAAUGACUUUGAAGCGUUGUUUUCUUUUUAACAGUCGAUAAAGAUGGGCGUGUACCCUGUAUAACCGAUCGUAACUGCCAUAAACAAGCCACCUGUAAAGACUUCAAAUGUUACUGUAAGAAAGGUUACGAAGGAAAUGGCCACAAGUGUAUCGGUAAGAUUUGAACAUUCCUCAGCUAAAGGAGCACAUUCCAAAGUUUGGAAUAUGUUGGUCACUAGAUGUUGUGUAAUUGGUCGUCACACUAUCUUUAUCUUGUAUCCAGCUUUUCUGAUCUUUUCAACUUGCAAUGUCAACUGCGGAGGUGACGCCCAAAGUUACAUGUAGACGAAUAGAACCGACUAAACUUAAUUAGUAAAAUCCAACUAGUGGUCUAUUAUCAAUGCUGCGUUCUGAUUGGUUGAGCUACUACUAGGCUAUUCGUUAUAGCCGUGGUAGCGAAAAAUGCGGGCUUUUUGGCGGCAAAAAGGAAUUAAAGUCUAGCUUUAACUAGCUAAAAAUUUUUUAUUCUCGAUAUUUUUGACCAGCUAGUUGGAUUUUACUUAAACAAUUAUUCCUCUGGCCCUCAUGGCCUCUGAGUCAAUAGCCCAUUCGACCUUCGGCCUCAUGGGAUUUUGACUCAGAGGCCGUGAGGGCCAGAGGAAUAAUUGAUAAAUAAACGGCGAAAAUGGGGGGCAUGUUUAAGUCUCUUAAGCGUAGGUUCAGGCCUUCUUAGGCUUUGAAAUGUAUAAAUUAGAGGUACACCUGUGAUAUCAAGUUCCUAGCUGCAUGGUGAAAAAUUGUGGGUGCUAACCUUUGGGGUUUAAACCAAAUCUGAAUCAAUCUGCUCAACCCGCAAAAAGAUAAAUAAAACAAUCAGGUAAAAAGAGAGGGAAUAAAUCACUUCAGUAACUACAACUUCCCGGCAGAGUCGUGUUCUUAAUAUGACUAACGAACUAAUUACAACUAAAUUUUAUUUCAGCUCUGAAUGAGUGCGUUAAGCAAGGAGAUUUUUGUCCCCGUCUCUCAGAAUGCAAAAAGCAGGAAAACAGCUCUUUUGCCUGCGUUUGCAAAAGUGGCUUUAGGAUGACUGGAAACAAAAGCCUAGCCUGCAUAGGUAAGUAUCACAAAUUUUCCUCGUUUUCUUCCCCUUUUCCUUUAGGAGAAGUGAAUUGCCGCUUUAGUACAUUGAUAUAUAGAAUAGACCCUCUGUAAAUCACGGCGUAUGGUGAACUCUCCUUGAAGGGUCGACAAAGCCUAUUUCUCCCCAUCGUAAACGGUCGUUGCUAUUUUUAACGGUCGACGUCACCAUUGGUAACCAGGCCUUUAGUCACGAUAGAUGUAGUACAUUCCCAAGAUUAAAUUACAAGACAAAUAAUACGUUUUUGAAUAGUCUUAGAAAGAACUACUUUGAAACCCAAGUUUUGAAUUUAGGAUAUGAAAAGUCCAGGUUCAACCCUGGGUUGCGAUUUUCAUUGUUUUUAAUAGAAAAUGGCAACGACCGUUUACGAAAGGGACGCUAGCUGCGUCGACGAACAACCCUUCCUCGUUUUCAGAAUUUCUCUUCCCACCGUUACCAAGAGAGAAUGGGAAGAAGAGGAACCUGGGAGCCAGGUUGAAGACAGCGUUCAUGGUUAACUCUAGGAAUUUGCUAUGUGCUCGCUGAAAACAUGCAUGCAAAUAGUACGAGUAUGAGUUUUUUGUUUGUUUGUUUUUUUGUCAUGGGGAGAACUUAUAUAUUUUAAUAUUAAGGCGCAAUAUACAAAGAAUUUAUGUAUCAUAUAGAUAAAAGCUAUCGGGAUACUUAUUUAUAAUCUACAGAUAUCGACGAAUGUUCCGAAAUGAAACCUUGCUUUGCAAAGUGUAACAACACUGUGGGAAGCCAUCAAUGCAUUUGCGAAAACGGCAAACCAACGAACGAGAGCGGCUUCUGUGGUAAGGCCUUGAACACUGUUGGUUACGUACUGAUCAGAAUCUAGCGACUAGUGCAAUACAUUUGCACAGUCAGAAAUAUAGAUGAUGCUAAUUUAUGACAAAUCCUACUAACAGUAAACCCUCAGAUUCAUGACCUUCUUAAAUGGGAUCUGAUACCACUAAAAUUAAAAGGAAUUAGCAAAUAGCUAAAAAUGAGCUUAAAUUAAACUGAUAACUGAGAUUCGAGCACCCAACCUUAAAGGGAACCUCCACUUCAACAAAAAGAUAACUUUAAAUCACAGGAAAUAACUGUUACAGUCAAGUCAAUCUAAAAGAUUUUUAAAGAAAACGUUUGUAUCCGAAAGAAAUAACUUUUAGAUUGGUCUAUUUUUGUUUUCAAAUUUUGCGGGCGUCGCCAUCUUGAAUAAUAUUGUGAAGUGUUACGGUUGCCCUGUUGCUAUUAAACAAAAGCUGUUUGUGUCAGAACAAUAGAGCAACCGUAACACGUCACAAUUAUUCAAGAUGGCGGCGCCCGCGAAAUUUGAAAGUGAAAAUAAGCGAUUUUAAAAUUCACUUUUCCUGAUAUAAACACUUUUUUUAAGACAAAUUUCGAACAAAUUUGUUUAUCAACAUAAUUUUAUUCGGUUUAAACUUAUUCUGUAGUAAGAGUGGAGGUUCCCUUUAAUAUGCAGUCCUUCAGCUAUUACUCGAAUACUGGUAGAACUUUGAAGUGUCAUAAUUUAUCCACGUGUGCUGUUGCAUCUUAUAUCGCCCUAUUCUAAACUAGUCACCAUAAAUCCCAAUGCAAUCAUACUUUACAGUCACUCUUCCCUUGAGCUUUCCCUUACAAAAUGAGAGGGGCAUUUUUCAUUUCCCUACUCUCCAAUUGUUUUGAGGGAAAAAGAUUUGAGGACGAGGUAGAUCUAUAAUUAGCCACUUUACUACUUAGAAAUGUUCUCCAUAUUACUAACUUGCUUUCCUUCAAUAGAACUUUGCUUAUUCUUGGACAAAAAGCUCGACAUUCUUUUGAUACAUCCCCAUCCCACCCUCUAUAAGUCAAGCUGCUCGACAAUCAUCCCCUUUAUCCCGGUGCAGCCGUACCUACAAACAAUGUAUAUGAUAUAAAACCUCACUGGGCGGUCGACUUUUUGCAGACUGUAAAUGCAAGAAAUACGGGAAUGGAGACUGUCCAAAAGGAAGCUCAAAAUGUUCUUGUAAUGAUGGAUAUAAAUACUCUGAAGAGGAAGACAAAUGUAUUGGUACGUAUCAUGCCUUGUUAUUAAAAUUAGAAAAAAUACUGAGAUCCGUGACUUACAACAUUUUGUACUUCUCGGAUAAUCUUCAAAGUUUCUUGUGGUAAUUAUAAUUUCUUAAGACAGUUUUACUUUUUUCCCCUUUUUCUGGCUCCUUAAAAACAAUCUUUUAAAAUCCUGGUCCCGGUUGUUCAAAAGUUGGAUAGCGCUAUCCAUCGCAUAAAUCACUAUCCAGCUAAUACGUAUUGGGUAAAACAGUUAUUAAGUAAUCCGCUGGAUAGUGAUUUAUCCAUCGGAUAGCAUUAUCCAACUUCUGAACAACUGGGGCCAAUUUUUUAGGUUUGUGAUAGAUGAGGAACCGCAUUGAGAGCGUUGAGGUCCUAUCAACAAAUCAUUAUUUGUUCAUCUAUUUAUUUAGUUAGUUAAUUAGUUAGCUAGUUAGUUAAUGGUUAGUUUGUUAGUUACGGUCAGUAAGUUAGUUAAUGUUUUUACUUUAUAUUUAUUUAUCGAAGAUAUAUCAAAUUUUUUGAAAGGAGCGCUCAUCUACCUAACGAAAUAGCUUUUACUGUUGACAGAUAUAAACGAAUGCGAAGGAAAAAAGAACCCGUGUGUUGGAGCUGGUAAACAAUGCUUCAACCGAGCAGGAUCAUAUGAAUGCCAAUGCAAAAAAGGAUUCGUAAAGAAUGGAAGUGACUGUAAAGGUGGGUGGUUUUAAAUGUUAGUAAGCAACUAAGGCAUCGCUUUAUGUUAGGUAAUCCAGAUUCUGGAAUCCGGGAAAUUUUCCUUGUGCGUUUCCCGCGAAAUAUAAACGUCUGAGGAACAAGCGCGGGCAGAAAUUCCAUACUAUCGACGCGUCAGUAUACCCAGAUCUGGGUAGUACCGUCUGAUUGGCUAGUUAAACAAUUUGCUUCAACCAAUCAGAGGCACCCAAAUCUGGGUAGUGGCAAGUCAUCAGGCUUUCCACAAGUUGCACGAGAUUUCUCAAAAAGUUGCUCAAAAGUUGCUAAAAUAAAAUCAAAUUUGCUUUUUGAAUCGAAAGUUGCUCAAAAAAACGAAAACCUUUUUUUGUUGCUCUCUCCUAUAAUUUGGUCUAAUGCAAAAGUAUGCAAAUUUUACAACAAAAGUACUAAGUUUUUCAAGCAUUCUGUGCAAUUUUGAAGCGUAACCAGCGUUGCUCAAUAAUCUUGUCCUCAAAAAACGAAAAAUGUAUGAGUUAAAGCUAUAUUUUUUAUCAGCUGGAUUUUUUUACACUUUGCGUUCUCUGGAAAUCUGAGUGACCUUCUUCUACUGAGACACUAGAGUCAAUCGAGUGUGAAUCUUCGUCAGCCACUUUGAAUUUUCUUUUAAAAAAGCCGCUGACCUAGCAGCCCGGCUACGUUCAUCUUGUGCCCAUAGUGAUCUUAGCCCCAGCUGGGAGGAUCUGGCUCCUUUCUCACGGGGAAUUCAUAAAUUGUGUACUAAAACAUUGUGAAAUAUGAAAUCAAGGCCAAUUUAAGCACUAAAAGUUGCUCCGAUAUCUCAGAAUUGGCCGAACUAGAAAUUGUCCAGGAUGCAAAAAGUUGCUGUAAACACGAGAAGUUGCCAAAAAGUUGUGGAGAAACUUGUAGAAAGCCCUAAACGACUCCUAUGUAACAAGAAAUUAGACUUGCUACAAGUCGGCCUCUCAUAAGUUCUUGAAAGCGGUGGAGCGAGCUGUAACUGCACGUUAAUCUUGAGCCGUGGACGUUCUUACAUAAAAAUGUUGUUCUUGUUAACGUUAGGUUUUUUGUUCUUCAAAUACAUAUACACGACCAGUGUCUGAAGUUUAUUUACAAGCUCUAUUUUUCUUCUAAUAGCCAUUAUCACAUGUGCGGAUAUAACUUGCAAAGAAAACCAGAUAUGCCACGAAGAAAGACCAAAAGCAAAAUGUAUUAAAGGUAAACCUCUACCAACUAUUUUUCGCGUUGUGAGUAGGAAGCAGCUAGUUCAUUUGUCUUUAUUUUUUAUUGCCUGGAACGACGAUUUAAAUUCACGAUUUAAUUGUUACUGACAGCUACGUUUUCAAAAGUCAGCGCCAGUUUACUUAUCGCCGUUUUGCCUUGUUUUGUUUCAUAGUUCUCGCACUAUCAACUGGUUGGACCCAUUCUUCUUCCUUCAGCAUUUACCUCGGUGUCAUGCUCACGGGAUACCUCGGGGGCCUGGCCCUAGUGGUAUAA